AUGUUUACUCGCCCUGGUGCAUCCUUCAUGGAGAGGAAUUCAGUUACUAAAUCUGGGAUCCCUGAUGAGGCCGAACCAUCCCGUAACAUUAAUCUUCUAGACCCUACCGUACAAACGCAGGCGUUUUUCAAUGAACGGUUUAUCGAUGGGGAGCCUAACAACACGUUGGUAAACGCCAAAUCUUAUUGCUUUUCUGGCUUCCCGCUGACGGUGACUGAUAGAUGGGCCACCUUAAGUGGCGAAAAUCCAUUUCCACCACACACUACAGUUUCCGACCCCAGAUCUAGCCAUUAUGGCCAGUACCCUGAUAUUGACACCAUCCCAGAGUUUGAUAGCACGGACAAUAUCCUAUGCGAUGAUUCGACUUUGAGUUUCGGUGCUGGAUAUGAGGCACCCUCUAAUGUUUCAACAAGUUCACUGGACUCCCUCGCAACGUCCGCCUCUGCGUAUGCUCGAAGGCGGAGAAAACGACAACAUGGGACUUGGAGACCUAUAGGCUCGCAACAUACCACCGAUGCGAGAAGAUACCAAUGUACCUUUUGCACAGAUACCUUCAAGACGAAAUGUGCAAGAUUCGGCCCUGUCAUACAGCACACAGAUGGAACGAUACACUGUGCGUUCUGUCAGUAUCCUGAGCCCAGUACAGAUCACUUAGACCUACACAAUUUUUCUGCCUGUUUAGCUAGGCCUUUGCAAGAGCGUCUCUUCCGGCGUAAAGAUCAUUUACGUCAACAUCUACGACUUUUUCACAAUGAUUCCGAUUUUCAUGAGCAUAUGGAAAGUUGGUUCUUCGCCAUCGACAACGUUCGGUCUCGCUGUGGAUUCUGUGACACCAACCUAGAGAGUUGGGAAGAGCGGCAGAAGCACCUGGCAUCCCAUUUCAAGAGAGGCGCUGACAUGAAGGAUUGGAAAGGGGACCGGGGGUUUGACCGACAAAUUGAUAACCUUGUGGAGAACGACAUUCCUGCAUUCAUGAUUGGAGACCAACGUAACACUGUUGAACCUUUCUCGGCGUCGCAAGCAGAUCAUCGAGCCGAGCCCCCAAACCCAAUAUUUCCUGGUGAAUCAUCGGUCACUGAGUUGACUGAACGCCGGAUGCUGGAUACCGCGAGAGGCUUCGGCGAAGUAACGAUUCAGUCGCCACACUCGCAAGGCGAACUCAAACGUAUUCUCCUUGCUUAUGUAUCCGAAGAAAUACGGCAAGGUCGUGUUCCAUCUGACAGGCAGCUGCAAAGGAAAAUGAGCGAAAUAAUGUAUGGACCAGACGGCGAAUGGGAUCAAACUUGGGCAGACAACCCUCAAUGGCUCGACCUAUUUCGAAAGCAGGCAGGCUUGAUUAGUCUACCCCUUAGUGGUGGCAAAAAUGCGUUUAUUGGAAUAGACGCGGAUUGA